UUCCACAUCAAACAAAGAGAUGAACGAGGUAAGCCUUUUUAAAUGUUGUUAAAUUAAUAUGAUUCAAUUAAUAUGAUUUAAACACUGUUUUCAACAGAAAAAAAUUUGUAAAAUGAUGAAUGGCCUUUCUGUUAUUGUAUCAAUGUGUAGACAAUAAAAGCAGAAUAAGCCUUAAGUUCAAGAACGUCAUCAGAGGUGAAUGUGCCACAGUGCAGGAGUACAACUCUCUCCCUGGAGAACACGACCGCUACACUGAGCCCCUGAUCAUCCAGAAACACCGUCAGCAGAGAGAGAGAGAGGAGGAGAUCCGCUCCAGAGGACAGAACUUUUAUCAAGUCAUGGGCCAGAGGGACAGCAAGGCCUACAAGAGCACCAAAGUGGAGAGGCUGUUUGACCCAGACGAGCAUGGAGACAUUCAGAGAACUGUUAUACUGCAGGGCCACUCUGGGACAGGCAAGUCAUUUACCACACAGAAGAUCAUGUCUGACUGGGCACGUGAGAGACUUUAUCAAGACCGAUUGGACUUUGUUUUUCACCUGAGGUGCAAAGAGCUAAACCAGGCCACUGGAAAUAAAAGUGUGAUGGAUCUGCUGAACUAUGAUCAGAGUUUAUCAUCAAUGAUCAAGCAGGUCCUUCGCCAGUCUCCUGAGAGGGUUCUCUUCCUGGUAGACGGCUUUGAUGAGCUCAAAUUCCCGCUUGAUGUACCGAAAGACUCCCUUCCCAGGGACCCGUGGACACAGUGCUCCCCCGAAGAGACACUGAGUGGCCUGAUACGAAAGCAGAUCUUACCCCGAGUCCUUCCUGCUUGUCACCACCAGGUCCACAGCGCUGGACAAACUGAAUGGAGUGGUCAAAAAAUCCAGUGAGAUAUGCUGAGAUAGUGGGCUUUUCUAAAGAGGGGGUGGAGGAAUACUUCCAGAGAUUCUUCAAGAAUGAGCAACACUCACAGCAAGCCUAUGACACUGUGAGAAAAAAUGAAACACUUUUCACCGCAUGUUUCAUUCCAGUCAUCUGCUGGAUCAUUUGCACAGUUUAUAGGGAGCAGUUUGAAGAAGGCACAGAGAUGAUCCAAUCGCUGGAGACCACCACCUCCAUCUUUGUUGAAUUUGUUGCCACUCUGUUGAAGCAUCACAGUCAGGAUAUGGGUCAGUCAGCUCCUACUAUCCUCCAAGGACGUGGCAAGCUGGCAGAAAAGGGAAUGGAAGAGCAGCAAGUCUUAUUUGACCAUGAUAGUGUCUCACAGACAGUGUCAGAUCCUUGGACCCAGCUCAAACAUUUUAUUCUUGAAGUCACUGAAAAAGGAAAUGAGGAUCAAAUCGUUAGAUGUUCAAUGCCGUUUUCACAUUUCACUGUCUGUAUGAGCUCCAUGCAGAUGAUUUUGUUAAGGAAGCCAUGAAAACAUACACAGACAUUCAUCUGACCGGGACUCCCCUGACAAACACAGACUGUUGGGUGUUGAUGUAUUGUCUUCAGCACUGCAAUUCCAUUGAAAGUAUUGGUCUGAGUGGGUGCAACUUAACUGCAGAGAACAUGAAAAUACUUUUACCAGGGUUGCGAAAAUGUAAAGAUCUUGUGUGAGUAUUCUUGCAUUUCCCUUUCUCACCCAAGAAUAAUGUAAACUGAUUUAAUUUAGUAUAAUGUUUCUCUUGCAAUCUCAUAAUGUAGCCAAAAUGUUUAGUUUGGACAUGGAUAUUUCUUUUUAAUUUAAACUUUAAUUUAAUUAAUUAUUUCAGACAUUUCAGUCACUCAAUUGGUUGUUUUUGGGACACUGUUUGUAGGUUGCAGGUGGACGACCUAGCCGAUGAUGAUUUAGAUGAUCUGCUGACAGCGCUGGGAGAGGGAAAGAGUUUGGAGCUGGAGUAAGAAUCACAUGAUAUUUUCAAUAUAAUUACCACCAACAGUCUUUUAGUUUAGUAUAUCUCUAUAGCAACAUCAACAACCUCAGCUCAGUUAAUACAAAUUAUAUGAAUGAUAAUUUCUCAAUAACAUUUCUACCAUCAGUCUACUACUUUGAAACAACAUUAUUCAAACCACACUAGUCUGUUAUUAGUGCUGGUUCACACAAACCUUCAACAAAGAACAUCCUUCAUUAAGUUUGAUAACCAGAUUAAUAUAUUUGUUUGAUAAAGAUAUAUUGCAUUUAGAAGGAAUGUUUCUGUUACCCUCUGGAUGUUUUUAGAAGGAAUGUUUCUUGUUACUCUCUGGAUGUUUUUAGAAGGAAUGUUUCUUGUUACUCUGGAUGUUUUUAGAAGGAAUGUUUCUUGUUACUCUCUGGAUGUUUUUAGAAGGAAUGUUUCUUGUUACUCUCUGGAUGUUUUUAGAAGGAAUGUUUCUUGUUACUCUCUGGAUGUUUUUAGAAGGAAUGUUUCUUGUUACUCUCUGGAUGUUUUUAGAAGGAAUGUUUCUUGUUACUCUCUGGAUGUUUUUAGAGGGACUGUUUAUGUUGCUCUCUUUUCAAAGGGUGUUUUCUGUACCUAACUCCAAUUUGUCUGUAUUUUUCAGUCUGACUGAGAACAACUUCUCUGAUGAGAAAGUGCAGGACUUGUUUGUUGCUCUCACUAAACACAAACCCAGAAACAUUGAAAGUAAUACAUCACCAGUAAUACAGCAGACAAAU